CUUUGAACAAAAUAAUCCCUUCAUUUUUCUGAAGGUAUGGGGAAUAAUGUUUCAUUUUUCUCCUCACUGGAAAAAUUUUAAAUGCAGCGAUUAAAGAAGUUACCUAUGGAAGGCAGUUAAGAAAUUAAGUAAAGGGAAAGAAAAGGCAUCAAUAUAAAGUACUGCGGAGGAAUUUUUGUCAAGCUGUGAGACGACGGAGUGAGAAGAGUGAAGGCGGUUGAGAGGGGCUCAGGGAAUUGUCCUGUGUGCCAGGGACUUUCUUUAGGCCUCGGGCCCCUGUCUACCCCUAUCAUCAGCAGAGAGAUGGAAACCUUGAUGACUAGUUCCACUCUGCCUCCCCUUUUUGCAGAUGAAGAUGGCUCCAAGGAGAGUAAUGAUCUGGCUUCAACUGGGUUAACCCACCCAGAGGCUCCAUAUAGUAGUGGAGCCACAUCAUCCAGCAAUAAUCCAGAAUUUGUAGAGGAUCUCUCCCAAGGUCAGCUGCUUCAGAAUGAAUCUUCAAAUACAGCAGAAGGCAAUGAACAGAGGCAUGAAGAUGAGCAAAGAAGUAAACGAGGAGGUUGGUCCAAAGGAAGAAAGAGAAAGAAACCUCUUCGAGACAGCAAUGCACCCAAAUCCCCUCUUACAGGAUAUGUUCGAUUCAUGAAUGAGCGUCGAGAACAGCUUCGAGCAAAGAGACCAGAAGUCCCAUUUCCAGAAAUUACAAGGAUGUUAGGCAAUGAAUGGAGUAAACUUCCUCCAGAGGAAAAACAGCGCUACCUUGAUGAGGCAGACAGAGAUAAGGAGCGUUACAUGAAGGAACUGGAGCAGUAUCAGAAGACUGAGGCCUACAAGGUUUUCAGCAGGAAAACCCAGGACCGUCAGAAAGGCAAAUCUCAUAGACAAGAUGCAGCCCGACAGGCCACUCAUGAUCAUGAGAAAGAAGCAGAAGUAAAGGAACGGUCUGUUUUUGACAUCCCUAUAUUUACAGAGGAAUUCCUGAACCACAGCAAAGCUCGGGAGGCAGAGCUCCGUCAGCUUCGCAAAUCCAACAUGGAAUUUGAGGAGAGGAACGCAGCCCUGCAAAAGCACGUGGAGAGCAUGCGCACAGCGGUGGAGAAACUGGAGGUGGACGUGAUCCAGGAGCGCAGCCGCAACACCGUCUUACAGCAGCACUUGGAGACGCUGCGGCAGGUGCUGACCAGCAGCUUCGCCAGCAUGCCCUUGCCUGGAAGUGGAGAGACACCUACAGUGGACACUAUCGACUCCUAUAUGAACAGACUGCACAGUAUUAUUUUAGCUAAUCCCCAAGACAAUGAAAACUUCAUAGCUACAGUUCGAGAAGUUGUGAACAGGCUUGAUCGUUAGGGAAUGGUAAAUGAGCAUACUCAUAUACAUGUUCAUAUUCUAACAUGGUCUGGACCUUGAGCAACAUGUGCAAGAAUAAAUAACGCCUAUAAUUCUUUAUCUAACGAGGUCGUGUCUGCCCGCAGAGACAAAGGCAGUCAUCUCUCUCCUUCUUGGCCACAGGCUCCAAUAGUAACUGUACAGGGCGAUUCGUCAUACUUUAUCCCAGUCAUGCUCUGAUGGGGGGAAGGAUUACUGUCCUUCUAGUGAGUAGCCAGAUGGAACAGACCAUACUUCUAAGAGAUGACUGGACUCCCUACAGAAUAAAGAAACGGCAUUACUGCUGCUGCUUGUGAAGGAAACAGCUUGUAAAUCUAGGUCUGGGAUUUUCAGGAGCUCAUCAUCCUUCUCAUUUUCACUCAGUGUUUUCAGUUAGCACUCUGGUAGGCUUGAAAAGAAAGAGCUGGGAGAAACAGUGUGGAGGACUAUGGAAGAGCAUGAUAACUGAUAACAUGCUGUCUCCUCACAUAGGUAAAGGGCAGUUGUGAGUUUUGAGCCAAAAAUGGUUUUCCAUUUUGAGCAUUUGACCAAUAAGACUUUUCUAAAGCUUUACCCAUCUUAAGGAUAUAAACUGUCAUAUCUGCUUUCUGAGGUGGCUUUGAAAACCUAGAACGUUAUCAUUAUCCUUGAUUUUAACCUACAAAUAUUUUGCCCCUAAAAGAAAGAGUAGCUGAAAAUGUGAACGGUUUUGUUACUACAGAUUUUUACAAUCUAGCCAUGUAAACAUAACUAAGAAUGGUUAGUUCUCCACACCCUGAAACUGUCAAAUGAAUCAGUUAUAAAGACUGUGAUUAAUUCUAGCUUGGCUUCAUUACACAAAUAUGUACAGACAACUAGGCCUGAUGUCCCCAGCAUUCAUGGUGCAAUUCAUUACUCUGACAUGGGCUUGGCAAAGUUUUCUUCCUUUGUCAGGAGCCAGCAAGUGAAAGGAAGUGAAUGGUCUGUGGUUUUAGAGGAGCAUGUUAGAGCUGGAAGGGGCCUUUAGAAAUCCCAUCAUUGUACAUACAAAGAAACUGAGUCCCAGAGAGGUGAGAUGUCUUGCCUAAAAAUACCUAAGUAGGCAAGUGCAGAUUCUAGAACUAGAACACAUGUAUCUAAAUGCAAUUGAGUUUCUAGAACAUUGAUACAAGCAGAUAGGGAUGGGUGUCAAGGGAGAGCACUAAAAAAUCUUAGAAUGAAAGCAGUAAGAUAAAUGGGGGGUAAUUAGGAAAAAAGUUACAAUCCAGCAAUUAUAAUGUAAAUUUUUGUUCAGCCAUUUUAUAAUUAUUUUUUAUUAGAAUGGAAGAAUUACCCCAGCUGUCAUUUUUCUUUGUGGUUAACUUAUACUUAGAAAAAGUGGAGCUGGGAGGAAGCCAUAGGGGUGAUUUCACAUGGAGAGGUGACUACUGUAUAUAUCAAAAGCCAUAUGUUGCUUGAUUUCAGUUGAACCAAAUGAUAAAUAGUUACCUGUUUGAGGACUGGAAAGAAAACAACUUUUUUAUGUGAUUGCAUUUUUAUAGAUGUAAGAAUUUAUUCAUCUUAUGCACACAGUACUUCCCUACACAUGCAGGGAGCCUUAGAUUUAUACUUGAAGAAGUUGGUUUGAUUGACCAGGACAAAAGUACUCAUUUUUCAUCAUCAAAUUUGUCCCUGAUACUUGAUUUUCUGUGUUUGGCUGGCAAUUUUCCAACCUCCCCAUUGUGGCUGAACUGGAGCAGGGCCACGUUUGUCUUUGAAAUGUCUAAAAUGCCUCAGUGAGGUUGGCUGCUUGCAGUUUUAUGAGCUCCUUGGUUUACAUACACCCUGCUACUCACCUUAACCCUUUUGAAAAUAGAGCAUUGCAGUAUUUUCACCCGAAGUCUGAACCCUUUCUGAUCUGUGCUUCCCUUUUGGUAUCUUUUUUCGUUUGUUUUUUUUUCUCCCAGUUCUACAGGUCUUAGAGCUCCAGGAUGUUCUGUAAGUGGUUUUACUUGUUCAGAAUGAGAAGCCAUCCAUGGAAAUUUGAGUUGAGUGGAGGCAGAGAGGGCGUACAGAUUAUUCUGCUUGUGAAAGAACCGUCAGUUAGGAGGUACAUGCCUUCACCCCAGGAAGCCAUGUGAGGGAGCCGCAGAAGGAGCAUGUGUGGGAACUUCCUGUGGGAUUGUCCUUGUGAAGCUUUGACCGUGUGCGAGUCUUCAGUCUCCUGUCGUCUCUGCUUCUGCUCCAGCGGGCCUGCGUAUACUCCGCUGACUAGACACCCCCGAGACAGGCACCUUCUGCAGCAGAAAGGAAGCCUUCUCUUUGUUCUGCUUCGUUCAGAUUGGACUCUUUUAUCAGUGGCUCUGUGGUUUUUAUCAGUGGUUUUCCUACCUAGCUGUCACUUCUUUUCUUAAUGCUUUUGGGGGUUAAUUUUUUUAUAUUUUCUUCACCCCACCAAGUUAGAUGUCUCCAUUUUCUGACCUCUGGGCUUUGUUGCUCAGCAGGGCUCUGAAGGAAAGUUUCUCUCAUUGGACAGGCCCAAUCUUCUCCCAUCCUUGUCCUGCUGUGACUCCAAAGAAAGGAGCUUCUUGUUGACAGUGUCCUGUGGAGCGAGGCUGUGUCUCAUACCCCACACAGCGCUCAGUGGGUGCCAGCCCUUGUAGUGGAGGCUUUGUGAUUGCUGCCCUGAAGGAGAGCACUCUUUCCUCCUGCCUUGGUACUGCCUGCUGUUUUCUAAGCACCGCUCCUGCACGUACCCUGCCGCUCCUGCACGUACCCUGCGUCCCGGCCCCAGCAAGGCUCUUCUGUUCCCAUCUGCUGGCAGUGACUUGUGGAAUAUUUUUGCUGAGGGAAAGGUCACUGGUAAACAGGACAAAACAAGAAAGUAGUUUAUCACUUGGUAUUGAAAAAGAUCCUAAAGUUUCUUAUAAGUGAAAACAGAGGAAAUCCCUGUGUGCUUGAGGUGUACUGAGUUAUGGAUACGGAUGGCGGAAAUGUCAUCAGAAUACUGCCAGCUGACAGAAGAGAACACGGAGGAAUUCUCCAUCCUUUGUCUUUCUUCUCUAAUCAUAACUGCAUAGUCUGUGUCAAAGGGACAGGCUUUCCUUCCUUCUGCCCUCUUGUGAUUAAAAAAAAAAAAAAAAAAAAAAACACAGCAAAGGGAAGAGAGGUUUCUGAUUUUCACCUCAGGGUUUGGUUUUGUUGUUAUGUGUUGAUGCUGUGAAGCACAAGGCUGGCAGUUGCAGCUGAGAUCUUUGGAACCAAAGCAGGGCACGCUGAGCCCACUGUCCAGGCACCAUGCCACCAAGGGCAGGUGGAAGUGUGGCCCCCUCACAGUAUGCUCACAGGCCAGGGUGCAAGCCAGACACCCCCAUCAUGUUGCUGCAACCCUCCUGUCUUCUCAGCAUCUCCUCCCCUGAUUUCUUUCUUAACCCAAAGGAAACAAAACAACAGCAAAAAAAAAAACCUUGUUAAAAGUUCUUACGUGAACACACAUCAAAUUUUCAUGUACUGAAGCCAAUACAUAUACUACCUUGGCUGUCUUUGAGAAUAAGGGCCCAUCAUUAUCUCUCUAAACCUGCCAACUCACCUGCUCUUCUGUGUUUUCCUACUCUCACUGGCCAUUCCUAGCUCUUCUCUCAGACACUCUGCCUGCUCAGUCCAAGCUGGAAUGCACUGUCUGUGUCAGAAGGACAGCCAAGUCAGUUCUGGAGUUUGUGUCUGCCUUCUGCCAAAUACUUUGUCUCCUUUCUUCAUCCUCAUAUUUCUCUCUGUCUCGCCUUUAUGUUAGUUUUGCACAGUGUUAUUAGCAGUGCUGUGCACCAGGGAAGGCUGUAAUAGGUCCAGAGCUCAUCCUUCUCCUUCGUCUGGAUAGAUACCUGACACUGACUUGAAAGCCAUCCGUAAUCGGGAAUGCAUGAGAUCUCAAGAAAGCUGGCAAUUUGAAAGCAUUUUCACAAAAUAGCAACCUGCUCCUGACAUGCUGGCCCUCCCAGCAGCUACACCUGACUCCCUGGUGGCUGGAAUUCAACUGCCACAAAACAAGAAGUUUCCGUGAAGCAGGUCUGUCUUGCCUGCUCUCUUCUCUGUGUCCAGCCAGGAAGGUAGUAAGUGAGCUCAGAGGCUAACACAAUACCUAAUUCACAUUUCCCAGUAAACUUGUAGAUAUUAUUGCACUAAUAUGUUCUUCUCAAGAAAUAAAUUGUUGCCUAUUCAGUGUUACAGAUUUCUUUCUUUUUAUUAAAACACAAAGAGCAGCUGAAGAAAAUGGGACAGAUUCUGACAGAAUGAAAUUUUAGGAAAAAAAUGUGUACGUGUGUUUGAAACUGUUGAAAUGCCAAGUUUUCUGUACAAGUGUUUUUGUAAUUAAACUUUUAGAUUUUCUUUGUUUUUUAAAGAAGUCGAUAUGCUUGCUUGAUGUUUGCCUCAUUAAAAACUUUUCUAUGUUGAAUCCACUCGA